AAUAAUUCGAAGGCCGUUAAAUGUAGAGAAAUUUCAUUUUAUUUCACUUAAGAAUCAAUAGCUUAAUUCAUUCAUGUGAAAUUAUGUAAUAUGGAGCCUCCACAAAAAGGAAAAAUAAGUCUCUAGAUCAGUGAGACAUGGAAGAAGAGUUGAGGAAUGUUUCUUUACCCUUUACCGGCCACAUGGAAUUACGUGAGAUUGAAGAAGAAAAAAACACCCGAUGGUCAAGAGAAAGAGCGAGAGCCAAAGAAGGUGAAACUAGCGAUAUGGAAUCAAAUGUAUUUCAUCGCGUCCAUGUCCUUGUACUGCGAGCAACAAAAGCUUCAUUCGCUGGAAGAGACUUCGGAUUUCUUUGUAGCUAAGAACGUUUAUUUGUAUGAUGUCACAGAGUCCGGCAUGAGAGACAUGGAACUGGAUGCAUUCUACAGCUUUUACCUCUCACAAGCACAAUUCGAAAAGACCCCGAAAUCCGUGAUCCUUCACAGAAUCCAUUAUUUCGAUUUUAGAGAAAUCAUGAGAGUGUACAAAAUGUUCGAAAUUGCGAAUUAUUCUGAAAUCGAGAGCGACAUAAUUUUCAUGAGAUUACAAGAAUUCUUCAAUUCUCUCCAAUUUUUGCCGAGAUACGAUAGUCUGACUUCAUCUGGUUACUUCAACAAGCCCUUGACGUUGUACGAAUGUCUUAAUAUCGAGAGGUUCGCUGGACAGUCCUCUGCUCAGGACUGUCGUGGUUUUGUGUCAAACUGGCUACAGCUCCUGUCUUGGUGGAGAUUGGCCAAUGUGCGGCUGCAAGAAACUUACAAACAAAUUUACCAUUUGAUGAGAUUAAGAAAAUCUCGAAUGAGUUCACGCCUGUGUAGUAAAAUUGCAGAAAGCUUCAUCAAUUUAGACGCUCUCAUGGCAAAUCUCGACUUACACCAUGGGUCUGCUGAGCUGGCAGCCUUGAGGCAGUGCUUUUCGCUCUCCAGAAACAUUCCCAACGGCAGAGUAUUUGUCCCAAACUACGAAUGUAACUUCGGAGCACCAAAAGACAUCCUGUUUUGCAAUAUUUCCGAAGAUUCCAAAUUGAUUGCCUUUGUGGUAGGCUGUAGUUUCCAUAAUAUAAAUAUUUGUUUUAUGAUUCAGCGGGUCAUUGUGUGUAAACUAGAAGACGCUGAUCUCUUAGAAAAUAUUGCUAGGGCAUUAAAGCCUCUCACAGUGGAGUUCUUUUUUGAUGUCAUCUGCCCUCUAAGAAUAGGAGUGAAGUUCGACACCUACAUCGUUUCAGUAUUCGAAAGCUGCAUGGGAAAUUUCGAACAAUAUGCACUCGCGCUCAAAAAAAGUCGAGAUGGAAACGAGAUCGUUGAAAAUACUCUUGAGCAUACAAUUCAUGUAUGGAUUCGUACUUUGAAACAUUGUAUAGAUAUAUCGUUGCAUGACAAUCAGAUAUUAACAUUCUUUCAAGAUGAGGCGAAAGCUGUGAUUACGAACUCCAUAGAACAGCUGGUAUCGGACGUAUUACGAAACGGAGUAUUUUUAGCGUACAAGGUGUUCCAAAACGACUUCGUAACAGAAAAUAUUUUGUUGGAACUCGCUAUACAUCAACUGAAGGCUCACAACGCCGGUCUUUUCGAGGUCAGCUGUGCGCAAGUGGCUUACAGCCUAGUGUCUGCAUAUAAAAUUAUGCAUAAUAAGAGUCCAUACCCAGAGGGUUGUUUUUGGCAGCCAGAGAGUUUUCCCCGGAGGGAAUUUGUCGCCUUCAUUGAUGAACUCAGGGGGACUUGCGGGUUGCAACGGCUGGGCACAGAGAAUGCAUCGACGCGGCUCGACCACUGGCUACAGGAAAUGCAGCACUCUCUGAGCAGCGGACUGAGAAAGGAACUGCACGAUCUGACAGUUCUGGCACAGCAAGGAAAUGAACUGCUGGAUAAAGCAAAAUAUUUCCAGGAUUUAGAGAACUCUUGA